UUGUUGGCGCGAAGAAUAAAACUGCUGCCAUGGUUACUGUGUUGUUCGCUUUAUUUAUGACAAUUUUACCUUGUUGAGGAUAAUAAAAAAAAUACACCAUGGUCAUAAUUGAAAUACAGAAAGAACGAACGUACGGCGUUCGACUGUCAACUCAAAAUAACAAUUUGCGUGGGUGUUUAAUCAAAGAAUACCAUUUCGAUAGCAGCGUAUCCACAUACCUCAAAGAAAUACAUUUCACUAAUUUUAACACUAAAAAAGUUUCCGCUCGUCUAUGUUAUCAAGAUAUGGAUUCUAAACAGCCUGUUUGGAUUGAUCUUUUCAAGAUUCAAAUGAUGAAAGAUGUCCACACAUCGUUAGGUGCAUGUGCUCAAGUUAAAAUAUCAUUACCUCCCAGUUUUGAAACAGUUAAAUCACGGAAACAUUUAAUUAAAUUAUGUAUACUACUACAACAACCCUCCAUUAUGUGGAAAGAAUAUACAAUAACAAAUGUACAGUUUUUCGAUGAAUAUUUAGACAAUUCAGAUCAGACUACAGAGCAGUCUAGAGAAAGCCCACACAUACAUGAAGCAAGUGAGACCCAGAAUGCCUUGAGCACACUUUGCACACUGAUGGAAUUCAAGCAAACAAUACAACGCCCUGAUGUUAACGAUACAGACAUCCUAACCCUAACUGAUGCACGCUUUGAAACUGCUCGAAGUUAAUAGUAAUCUACAAGCAACUUGUCAAGUAUAUAUAACAUACUAUUGAAAUUUGGAAAAUUUAUCACAUAACGAGGGAGUAGUAGCUAUACAUCGAAACUCAUGCUCCAAGCCUACCGGCGAUGAGUUAUAAAGAAACCAAAAUCACAUGUGUGAUACGCGAAACUAGUUUAUGCAAACGAUAUUAUUCACAACAACAAAGUUGUUGAUUUACAUUGUAGCCAAGUGUGGUGCGAUAGCAAUGGAAAUGCUGCCUUCAUUGCAGAAACCAUAGAUCGAGUGUUUUGCUAAACAUGUGACAUACAGACAGGAAUUAUUGCUGACUUUUCAAAGCGCAACAAUGCUAAGUGUGGAGAACUUACAACAGUUUUGAAUGCUUUAACAUAUAUUCAACUUA